AUGGACCAAAAUUCUCCCUGGCAUGAGCCAUCAGACUACAAAAGUCGCCCUAUAGCAGUAGUUGGGGCAGGAGUGCUGGGCCGUCGCAUUGGUAAGUCUCAACCUCACAGUCAAGAUGCUGAUAAUGCUAACCAAAAAGCAACAUGUUGGGCCUGUGCUGGGUACAAUGUCCACGUCUGGGACCCCAACUCCAAGCAAUGCUCCGAGGCGGUUGAUUACUUCCACGAGAACUUGACAAUUUAUCAACAAUAUUCGUCCACUAAGCCCGGCCAAGUCAGUACAGCCGAGGACCUCAAGAAUGCCACUUCCAAUGCAUGGCUAGUGGUCGAGUGCGCACCUGAAAACUUGGAGAUAAAGCAAAACGUGUUUUCAGAUCUCGAAGAAGUGUGUCCACCAGAUUGCAUCCUGGCAACAAAUUCCUCGUCUUAUAAAUCGUCCGCUAUAUCUCUGAAAAUGAGUGGUAGAACCAGAAGUCGGGUCUUGAACACACACUAUUUCAUGCCCCCUCAUGUCCGCAUCGUUGAGCUUAUGACCAGUGGAAGCACGGACUCCAAUAUCUUUCAUUUCCUGCAAUGCCGCAUGCAAGAAGCCCAAAUGAGAGUUUACACUGCAAAUAAAGAGUCAACCGGUUUUAUACACAACAGGGUAUGGGCUGCUAUCAAGCGAGAGCUCCUAAUGGUCGUGUCAGAGGGAGUCGCAGAUCCAAAGACCGCUGAUGAUAUCUUUUUCGAGGCGAUUGUCAAGCCAGGUACCAGGCCGUUUGUGGCAAUGGACUUGGUUGGGCUUGACACGGUAGCCAGCAUUGAGCGUAAUUUCGCCAAUGAAAGAGGUCUUCCAAUGUCGGGGACGGUCGAAUUUUUGGAAAAAGAAUAUAUUGAGAAAGGAAAACUCGGCUUACACAGUGAACAAGGCGGGUUUUAUCCCGACAGAGCAAGAGCAACUGGACCGAUGUUGUUUGUUCUGGACAACGGUUUAUCAGGCGAAGUCGAUACCUUGCAGAUGGGAAAUGUCCUGGAAUAUACCGCGGGUGGCCAGCACGUCCGGACGAUAUUCGACAAACAGUAUCUCCCGGAUGGGAUUGUCGUGCACAAAGAGUUGAAGCGAAUAUUCUGGACAUGCAUGGGAUAUCCCGGGCAAGCUGACGGUAUGAUAUACUCGGCUAAUUUGGAUGGAAGCGACGUCAACGCACUCAUAACCAAGGGGAGCAUCAACACCCCAAAGCAAAUCACACUUGACUCCGUGGCUGAGAAAUUGUACUUUGCAGACCGCGAGGGUCUCUGUAUCUGGCGCUGCAGCUUGGACGGCAGUAGCCUUGAAAAGGUCAUUCUAGCCGGCAAUGCUUUGGAUGAGAAUGAAUCCAAAGACGCGCAGAAGUUCAUCGUUGGAGUUGCCUUAUCGCAUAACUUGAAAAAAAUAUUCUGGACGCAGAAGGGUGGACCCAAAGGCUGGCAAGGACGCAUAUUCAGCGCAAAUAUGGAAAUCCCACUCGGCGAGACCGUCGAGACCAGAUCGGACAAAGUCUGUUUGCUUAAUAGUCUCGCUGAGCCCAUUGAUCUUGCGUUCCAUGAAGGACUGAAGGCGCUAUAUUGGACCGACAGGGGAGAGAUGCCUUUUGGAAAUACGCUCAACCGUCUUCUGUUUGGGGAUAACGGACAUCCUCUGGACAUCGAUCACACACCUUUACUCAAAUACCAGAUUUUAGCACGAAAGUUUCACGAGGCGAUUGGUCUGGCCAUCGACGAAAGGAAUCAACACAUAUAUGUGGCGGAUUUGGGCGGCUCAAUCUGCAGGUUAAAUCUUGAUGGCGGUGAUAAAACACGGUUGCUGUUUGAGGAAAGACGAGCCUUCACGGGGAUUGCCUUAUUCUAA